AUGCCAUCCUCCCCUGCGCCACGGCGACGCAACCCCUCAACACCAAACAAAACUAAACCCACUCCCACGACCUCCUCCACCACCACCCGCAAUACUGCAUCGUCCAUCAUUGCAACAACUGCAUCAGAAUGGCUCUUCAUCCUAACCCUUAUCUUCGGCGGUUGCUGCUCUAACGCAUUCACGCUCGAGCUCGCCACUCAACAACUCCCCUCGUCCGGCACUUUAAUCACGUUUGCUCACAUCCUAAACAACCUAGCAUUUGGGUAUGACGUCCCAAUGUCAGUACACAUAGUUUUCCGAUCUGGAGGACUCGUGGUAAAUAUGAUCCUAGGAUAUCUUGUGCAAGGUAGAAGAUAUCCUCCGGUUCAAGUCGGAGCGGUGGUGCUAGUCACUCUAGGAGUCGUGUCCAGUACCCUUAGUUCAAGCGCAAGUAGAGAAAGCGAAGGAGGAGAUGAGCGAGUGGGCCAGUAUGCAACAGGAGUCUUACUACUCUUCUCAGCAUUAGUCUUGACUGGAUUUAUGGGUCUUUGGCAAGAGAGGACUUUCAAACUCUACGGCAACCAGAAUUGGCGCGAGAGUUUGUUCUACUCCCAUCUACUCUCCCUCCCCAUGUUCCUAUUAAGGCCGGGGAAGUUAGUGCGGGAUGUACAGAUGGCGAAUGGUACUACUCCUUGGUGGUUCGGUCUUGGUCCACCCACCUCUACACCCUCCAACCAUCCUUCUCGGCUUGGUAAUCUGCUCGCUCUCAUAUCCCCGCCCUCCCUAACACAAAAACUGGACUCGACUUCAGCAAGAACCUUUGAUCUAACCACGAUACUACCCUUCACCGGGCUAAAAGGAGGGUGGGGUGUGUGGAUCCCCUCAUUCUGGCCACCACUCUUACUCAACGUAGCAACUCAGCUAUUGUGUAUUAAUGGAGUGAAUAGGUUGACGAGUAAAGUAAGUUCAUUAUCAGUGACACUGGUAUUGGUGGUUAGGAAAGCGGUCAGUCUGGUGAUCAGUGUAAUGCUCGUUCAAGGUGGGAAAGGCAAUCUGGCGUUGUGGAUUGGUGCGGGGUGCGUUUUGGCUGGCACUGUUGGGUAUAGUAUGUCGAAGCCCGUCACCGUCAACGAGAAAGAAGGACAGGGAAAAAAGAAGGAGUAG